AUGGGUGGUAAGAUAUCACAACGCGGCGGCGCGCCAUUGUUUUCGCGCUUUCCCGCCGCAUCGGCGCUCAUCUUCCUCCUCGCAUGCUGCCGCGUGUCGCCGACCCGCGGCUCGGCGUUCAAAGUCACCGACGCGUACAGCCCCGCGUGCGGAAAGAUCAUGACCGAGCCGCCUGCGGGGGGCUUUAAGCGGUGGAGCGACUGGAGGACGUGGGGCGCUUCCGCGAAAGUUCGCGGCGUGCCCGGUACCGGGGCGCGCAGAUGGGCUGACGUCAUGAUUCCGUGCGGAAAGGCUGUGCUGCUGGAUGUACCCGAUAUAAGCGUCGGAAAGCUGAGAAUCAGAGGCUGGCUGAAGCGCCUGACGGUGGGCGCGCCGAAUGCGAGCGCGAAGCGGGAAGCGACGCUCGGCGGGCUAACCCAGCCGCGCAUUUGUGAACCCAUGUCUCCUCCGCUCUCCUCUCGUCUUCGCAGGAUAGCCGAUGACCCGUCUCUCCCUAAAAUCCACGUGCGCGCGGCGUACAUAAUGGUGUUCGGGCGCCUCACGGCGGGCGAGCCGGAUAAGCACUUCUCGAACCGCGUCACGUUCAUGCUCUUCCAGAAUUUCAAGCAGUCGCGCGCGUCGUACGCCCUUCAGUUUUACAAGCCGUCGGAUCCUAACAACCCCCGGGAUCUGGGCCACAAGACGUUCGCCGUGGUAAGAAGUGGUACGGAGUGCGCAGAUGGGCUGGCAGGUGGAGCUGUACGGCAUUUCUCAAACCCCUCCCCCCAUUUCUCAACCCCCUCCCCCCAUUUCUCAACCCCCUCCCCCCAUUUCUCAACCCCCUCCCCCCAUUUCUCAACACUAACCCCUCACCCAUCCCCACAACCGACCCCCCCUUUUCCCCCCCUUCCCCCGCCGCCCCUCCACUCCUGGUCCGCGCAGGUGGGCGGACAGGUGGCUCUCUACGGCAUGCCAGGCGGCAGUAACACGCCGUCGUGGGUGGGCGGACAGGUGGCUCUCUACGGCAUGCCGGGCGGCGGCAACACGCCGUUGUGGGUGGGCGGGCAGGUGGCUCUCUACGGCAUGCCGGGCGGCAGCAGCACGCCGUCGUGGGUGCGCCUCACCGAAACGGCGGACGCGGGCGAUCGUGCGAUCUACGUGAACGCGGACGUGACGCGCUGGGCGCAGGGGAUGACCGUCGCGCUGGCGUCCACGUCAGCAAAUCUGAACGACGCGGAGCACCACGUCAUCACGUCCGUGUCGGUCGUUACGCCUGCGUCGGGACCAGGAAAGAGCGACGGGCGGUACAAAAUCAAUCUAAAGACAGCGCUUAAGAAGCGGCACGACGGCGUGAAGAUUUCGGACGGAGUGGGAGGGACGGUGGGGAUUUACGGGGAAGUCGCGCUGUUGGAUCGGCACAUCGUGAUCACGGGCAGCGACGAGCCCGCUCCCUAUCAAUACGACGCCUCCUCUGCCUGCCCCUCCCUCCUCUAUGUGUGUUGUGAGUCGACUCAAAACACACCUCUGUGCUCCAUUUCCUAUCCAUGCUCCCGUUGCGCCCUCUCCGAUCCCCUUCCUUUUCCCCCUUCCCUCUCCCUGAUCCCCUUCCCUCUCUCUGCUCCCCUUUCUUCCUCUCCCUCCCCCUCCCCCCUCUCCGCUUUUGUGUUCUGGCUAGAGGCAAACCCAUACAUGAGGGGACUCUCAAAGCUCCUACCAAACAUUGGCUCAACAGUGCCCUUCUAUUACAACUGGGGCACGUGGGACGGCAACCACGCCCACUCCAAUGCCCUCUUCGGCUUCCGCACCUACCCGCACGGGUCACGGCCGCACUACCCGUCUCCCACCAAGAACCCCCGCGUUUCCCUUAAGAACUUCCUCGUUUACCGCAACAAGGCAGGAAUGUUCUUUUUCAAUAGCGAGCGGCUGAUAGUGGAGAACGGGGUGUUUCUGGACAAUGGCAUCGGCAUCGACUUGAGCCGCAAUGCCGGCGUGCAAGCAAAGGGCUGCCGCUUCAUCGGCCGCUCCUCCUCCUCCUGCUCGUCCUCCAAUGCCGUAACAACAACCACAGCGUUUGCCACCACCACCGCCACUACCCAGGAAACAUCCAACGGUUCAGAUGGCUCCAUCCCACCAGACGGAACCAUCACAGACAACAGCAGCGCUGCCGACGCAACCACCCCACCACCCGAGUCCCUUCCAGGAAAUGACACCACUGCUACCACACCUCCCAACGCUCCAGAUAAUUCUACCCUUCCAGGCAAUGGCAGCUCAGGUGGUGAUGGUGCUGCUACUACUCCUCCCAACCCACCAGACAGCUCCCUUCCCCAAGGUCCCACCACUCUGUGGCAGCCUUUCACUCUGCAGGCGUCUCUGGGACCUCUUGAUCCUUAUGCAGACGAUGGCAGCACUGACAGUAGCAGCGGCGACAGCGGCAGCAAAAGCACCACCAGCAGCGGCAAUAAGGCUUUUGAGGAUGCAGGGAUGACUGCUCCUGCCCAGGGUGCACCUAGUGGGGUGGUUGAUCCGAUGGGGCCAUCGCUGCAGGAUCAAGCCGGGACUUAUUCCGCCCCGAUUGGCAUCGCGCUGAGUCAGAGCAACCCGCAGGACCACCUCUACCCCAACUCUAUCCAGGACAGCUCCUUCCACCGCUUUGGCUCGUGUAGCAGCAGCAGCUUUGGGAUCGCUCUUGUGGCCAAUAAGGCAGGCGGAUACUGGAACACUGCCAUGUUCGUUAAGUCCUCAGGCACACCACCUCGGGGGGGUCUGGUGGCGCGCUUCUACGCCCUCCGGGACGUCGAUGGGUCCCUGCUCGGCCAGUCAGGCUAUGCCGUUGCCAACUACGACCCCAUCCUGCCGCCCUCCUCGGUCCGGUCUGCAAAGUGCGACUUCAAGAGCGCCUUUUCGGCCUAUUCCUGCACCUCCGUCUGCUACCGGACGGUCGGGCUGGAGUAUGACGAGUACGGAGCUACCAGCAGGGGGGGCGUUCUCAGGCCGUACUCUUACCUGAAGAUCACGCGAAUGGACGACGGCACCUUCUUUCACGCCUACGGAACCGACAACGACGACCCCAAACGCAAGGCUGCGAGCAGCAAGAGGCGGUUUCUCACCGCCUCGCUUCUAGCCGGGUACACGUACCGGAUACAGAUCAUUGCCGCUGACACCAACAGCGAGUUUUACCCGAGUAAAAUGCAGCUGAACGUGUUCGACUGGCAGGGGUGCACUGGGAGCGUUCGCGUGGUUAUAGACUCCCCGAAUUCGAGCAGCAAGUGGCGGGCUGACGUGCCUACAGUGCCAUGCUCUGCUGCUAACAAGAUGAAGGUUUAUAAGGAGUACGCGUGCGGGGAGGGGAAGUCGAGGCUGAGGCUAGAUAUCGGGGCGAGCAGCAGCGGCAAAGCAGCGGUUGUGAUGGACUUGAAUCAAGGCGUCAGCACCUCGUGCUCCUCAGACUCUGGUUGCUCCAGCAUCACUUCUGCUGCUCUCCCGCCCCUCUCCAUCGCGCCUCUUGUCGACAUCGAGUCGGCCUUUUCCUCCACAGACCCGUUCUUUGACCUGAGCUUCUACGCGGGCGGAGCGGAUGACCCCCACACGGUGCUCUGA